UAUACCCGAACUAAACUAAAACCAGCCAUACGUUCAAUGAAAAUCACGGACAUUUCUGCCAAUUUACUCCACGGGAGAGAGGCACUCUAAAAUUCGAAUCUGAAAUUCUAUAAUUCGAAACCCUAAAUUUUCUUUCCCUGGAAUGGAGAUCGCUUUUGCUAUUUCUUCCCCAACUCCUGUACUCAAAUCGUCUCUAGAUAACUACUCAAAAUUUCAGCUCAAAGGACGAGAUUACAUCAAAGGAAAUCGUUCCAGUUCUCAGAAAAGAUCAAUUUCUUUCUCUACUACGAAUUUGGCGGGUUCGCGUUCAAUAGGGGAUGUGCACAGAACUAGGAGCAGUCUUGAGUCCUUAUUCUGUUAUGAUAAACCCAUACCAGAGGAGAUAAUUGAGAAACCAAUUGGGUUGUCGGUCGAGGAGAAAGAAAUUGGACGAAAUCCUCCUUGUAAUGACUGCCAAGCCAAAGGGGCAAUCCUCUGUGCCACCUGCUCAGGUUCCGGCUUAUAUGUUGACUCUGUAAUGGAGUGUCAAGGAAUUAUGGUUAAAGUUCGAUGCCUGGGUUGUGGAGGAACUGGCAACAUCAUGUGUUCAGAUUGUGGAGGACGAGGUCAUCUUGGAGUUAACUGACGUGGUUCCAUUUGAAGAGAAACUAGUUUGCCGAGGUAACGCAUGCUGCUUUAUGCUUUUACAGUUGGCUCAUCUUUCCCUUUUUUUGGGCAAAAGUUCAAUAUCAAAGAUAUACCACGUGGCAAUAUUACUCUCAAGUCUUUCAACACCAAUUUGAUGAUGCUCAGGUUUUUGGAUUCUAAAAGGUCGACAGCUUUUAAUAAGUUUGAAAUUUUCAUCCAAAACCGUAUAUACUUGUUUGAGAUUCUGAACAAACUGCAUUUUCUUAGUAUGUACUAUUUACAUUUUAUAGUAAAAGAAACUGUUGACGCUGUUACAUUUUUUCUUACCUUACCUACCAAGUACCAAAAGGUUGGGUUACAGUCAGAAGAACAAACAAAAAUGAAUUCAGUUAAUAUUCACAAACUGCAUUUCAUGUGAAAUCUGAUUACUGCAUUUCAUGAGAGCUUUAAUAAGUUUGAAAACUUUCAUCCAAAACCGUAUACUGGUUUGAGAUUCUGAACAAACUGCAUUUUCUUAGUAUGUACAAUUUACAUUUUAUGGUAAAAGAAACAGGUGAUGCUGUUACAUUUUUCUG